ACAUUUAGCUCAAACUUCAAAAAAUUGUUUUGAUUUUGUUCAAGUUUCAAAACACGUUGUAGUGCAUUUUACAAAUUAAUUAUAAGAUUUUGUGGAUUUUUCCCAACAAAAUAAUUAUGUCUAGUGAACCAGCUAUAGCGAAAGAAGCUGUCCUCAAGUCCAGUUGUGAGAUCCCAAAAGAAACAGCAACUGUCCAGGGCUACAAUUGGAAUAAUGGAGUUGAUUAUUCAGCUCUUUUACAAUCCUAUAUAAAUUCUGGCUUCCAAGCUACCAACCUUGGUUUGGCUAUAAAAGAAAUAGACAAAAUGCUUGAUUGCAGAUCAAAGCCACUAGAUGCCGACCAGGAAGACAUUCAUGAAUCAGAUGAAUUUAUAAAAAGAAAACACAAUUGUACAAUUUUCCUAGGUUUCACUUCGAAUUUAGUAUCGUCGGGGUUACGAGAAACAUUGAGAUUCCUUGUGGAACACAAAAUGGUCGAUUGUAUUGUUACAACAGCCGGCGGAGUGGAAGAAGAUUUUAUAAAAUGUUUAGCUCCAACUUAUAUGGGAUCCUUUGAACUUCCGGGAAAAGAAUUACGCGACAAAGGAAUCAAUCGAAUUGGCAAUCUCUUAGUGCCCAAUGACAACUAUUGUAAAUUUGAAGAUUGGCUGAUGCCUCUCCUUACAGAAAUGCUCGAAGAACAGAAAGAAAAAAAUAUCCUCUGGUCACCAUCAAAGAUAAUUGAACGACUCGGUGAGAGAAUAGAUGAUCCUUCUUCUAUUUACUACUGGGCGGCUAAGAACAAAAUCCCAGUUUUUAGUCCAGCUCUGACCGAUGGCAGUCUUGGUGAUAUGAUGUAUUUCCAUUCAUUUCGUAAUCCUGGUUUAGUUGUUGAUAUUGUAUCGGAUUUGCGUCGACUAAAUACAAUGGCAGUUAAGGCUGUAAACUCUGGAAUGAUAAUUGUUGGUGGUGGAGUAAUAAAACAUCACAUUUGCAAUGCCAAUCUUAUGCGAAAUGGUGCUGAUUUCUCGGUAUUUAUUAAUACAGCUUCGGAAUUCGAUGGUAGCGAUAGUGGUGCUAGGCCGGAUGAGGCAAUAUCUUGGGGUAAAAUAAAAAAAGAUGCUAGUCCGGUGAAAGUGUAUGCCGAAGCUAGUUUGGUGUUUCCUUUAAUAGUUGGUGAAACAUUUGCUAAAAGAUAUUUUAAUAAUAAAAAACAAAAUCUACAUAAAUAGAA